AGUCCGACGGAAAUUUCAGUCAGUUAGUCGAACUUGCGACUUCGUAGCGGCUCGAUUAUAGAGCGUUGCUACCCCAUUUCACUACCCCUCCUAAUUUAAUUUUGAAUUCAGUUUGCGAAUUUGUUUUCUUAGUGCGCGUGUUAUAAACUAGUGACAGUUAAUUUUAUUUAUUUGUAGUUUUAAUAUAGUGUUUUUUGUAGUGUUUUAAUUUUCAGUUCGGACUAUUUGACUUUUCGAGUGGUAUUUUUUCUUAUAAUCGGCUUUGAAGGACUUUAAAGGGAUUCUAAACGAGGAAUGACAGUUUACAUAUGUUGUCGACUAUGGCCACUGUCACUUCUGGCCUCAUAUCACCAAAUUCCUUCGGUCUGAAUUCUGAUACAAUCAAAAUGGCAACCGACAACGUGGACAACUAUUCUCGCUAUCACGAUCAAGAACCAUUCGAUUCGAACGCAAAUACCAGCGAUUCAGAUCAGGAUAAUUACGUGGCUUCACCAAAGAACGAACUACCCAAAAGGAACAAAAGAAAAAAUUUCAAACCGCGUUGCUCGAACACAACUUAUUUCGAUAAUAACGAAGCGUUGAAUUUGAGCGAAUUCAACGAUAACAAUAAUGUCAACAACAACGUCAGGCGACGUAAAACUCUAUCGACGAGAAAACUCGUAAUCGAUUCGAGAUUCAGUCCGAUGGAUCUGAGUAAAAACAACGAUAGCGAAACGAAUAGCGAUUCGGAUUCGAAUGAAAAUUAUCCGAAUUCAGAUUACGAAGCUAACGAUAAUAGUAGCGAAAACGAUUCCAAAAUUCCUCCGAGUUUUUCCAUUCACAAUCUUUCCAAACCACACGUGCCGGAUUUCACGCAAAAUCCACCGCAUUUGAGUCAAGAACAAGUCAUAGAAAUGAGACAAUACGCCAUGAAUACCAUGAGGGAAUUGCUGGGGAUUUACGGGUUAACCUCGGAGGUUGCCGAAAGUAUUAGUCGACAAUUACCAAUGGCUGCGUUUAGUACAGGAAAAAUCUUUGAAAAUUUCACGUUGAAUCCCCCGCCUAAAAAAGAAGGUACUCCUCCGUCUCAACCGCCCACUCCCCCAUCUACCCCCUUAUCGCCAAAAUCCAGCGAUAAUACCCAAAAAUUAUCAAACAUUCCUACGACACCUACACUAACUUAUCCCACGUCACAAUCUAGUCAAAGAUUACCUCAAUUAACUCCGAUUACCUGCCAAAGUACACCCUUAAAUUUGAUCGGUAAAAAACCGCCACAUCAAAUAUCUAAAAACGGCAGCCUAUCCCAUUCGCCUGACAUGCUGUAUACCAGCGCGGAAAUUGAAGCCAUCCGGAAAGUUAACGAAGAAGUAAACAACGCGGAAAAGAUUUCUUCUAGUGGAAGGGGUAUUUUUCCUACAAAUUACCUUCCAUUUUCUCAAUUAACAAAGACUGAAUCUUCAAGCCCUCCUCCACUAGAUCCGAAUCCGCUAAAUGCAAUGAUGGCGCAAUCUUUGGCACCAACAACGCCUAGAGAACCUCUAGCGUCGAAUCAACUUUUAAAUAAAACAACCAGUCAAAUGGACUAUUCUAAAUACGUCAAGAAAUUCUCGUCUUCUUUGGAAUGCGGAAGCACAUACUGUAAAGAUCUAAAUUACAGAGAACAUUUUCAUUGUUUGGACUGCAAUUCGAGGGUAUUUAUAAAAAAAGAAGAGAUGAUUCGUCAUUUCAAAUGGCACAAAAAGCGAGACGAAUCCCUACAGCACGGGUUCAUGAGAUACAGCCCGCUAGACGAUUGCGGAGACAAGUUCGCAAAUUGUACCCACAACAAAAAACAAACACACUACCACUGCAUAAAAGAAGGAUGUGAUAAGGUGUAUAUAUCGACAUCGGAUGUACAAAUGCACGCUAAUUACCAUAGAAAAGAUUCGGCAAUUAUACAGGAGGGUUUCCAAAGGUACCGAGCGACAGAAGAAUGCGGCGCAAGUUACUGCGCGUUUUUCGGACAAAGAACUACGCAUUUUCAUUGUAGAAGAAGCGGUUGUAGAUUCACUUUCAAAAAUAAGAGUGAUAUGGAAAAGCAUAAAUCUUAUCAUAUAAAAGACGAGCAAUUAUCCAGGGACGGUUUUAAAAAAUUUAUGAAAAACGAAUCGUGUCCUUUCGAUAAUUGUCGUUUUUCGAAAGUAUGCAACCACAUCCACUGCAUCCGGCCGCAAUGCAGCUACGUCCUACACAGUUCCGGUCAGUUAUUUUCCCACAAACGUAAACACGAACGUAAAGAUUCGGAAUUAGCGUACAGAAAAUACAAAUUAGCGCAAAGUAUGUUAAAAACUUUAACCGACGGUAACGUAGCGCCACCUAUAAAUUUCCCUCGAGACUACGAGGCCCAAAUCGACAGUUUAAACUUAUCCAUGUACAACCAAUCGAACAUGUCGAAUACGGAGAGUUUAAGCGAACGAAACUCCCCGGUAAGUUACGAAGAAUCCGAAUCGUUUUCGGCGAUCGAUUUAAGCGCCAACGAAUCGAAUUUCGGCCAAGAAGACGCCGUGUCGUUCAACAGCGACGAUUUUUGGAGAAAAUAUUGUCAAUUCGUACCGGAAAAUCAAUGUCCGAACGAUAAAUGCGAAUUUAUGUACGCGGAUCAUUUCCAUUGUUUCGUGGAAAAUUGCGAAAUGGCGUUCAAUUCGAAAGAAUCGGCCAGAGAACACGCGAGAAAUCACGAACAACAAGAAACGAUCACCGAUAAUUAUUUUACGACGGUGACGGUACAAAAUGGAGGUUGCGAAGAAAAUUGCGUUUAUCAGGAUAAGGAGAAACAUUAUCAUUGCAAUUGGGAAAGUUGCAGGGAGGUUAUUUUGCCUAUGGAUAAGCCGUUUAGGCGUUUGGAGCAUUACAAGAUGCACGAAUAUUCGAAAAAACUCAGUUUAACUAAAGAUCCUCUGACGAUGACGCAUCUGUCUAGUAGCAUCGACGGUAUGUUCUGCAGGAAAAGAGGUCGGCCGCCCAAAAAUAGGGUCAUCGAAGUUUGGAACGAUUACAAUCAUCCGAUGGGCACUCAAAACCUCAUGGACAGUCCUCAAGCUAUUUUCACGAGUUUCAAAUUACCCAAACCGUCAGCAGCUCCAUCUAGUAGCAAAGAAACAGAACAUCCGGAUUCAAACGAUGACAGAUCGAGCACUCACAGUCCAACGCCUCAAGAUUAUUCUUUACAAGGUUUCGACAUUUUCAACGAAAAUACGAAGUGUCCUGAUAAUUUAUGUCCGUAUUUAGGCGCAACGCAUUUCCAUUGCGUCCAAAACAGGUGUCUUUACGUCACCAACAAAGAAGACUCUCUUCUUCUACACGCGAAAGAUUUUCACGACAACGUCGAUAUAUUAGACGGAUUCGAAUUUUACGACAGAAAUGUAGAUUGCCGGCUUUCGAAUUGUCCUAGCAAUAAAAUAAACAGGCAUUUUCAUUGUACGAGGCCGAAUUGCAACUAUUCGUUCGUACAAUAUUCCGCGAUGGCGAUUCACAAUCAAAUACACACCGAAGACGCGAUUCAAAGUAAUCAACCCAAAGCUGAAAUAAGAGUCAAAAGCGAAGCGCAGUUAACCGAACAAAAACCGGAAAUAGCCGAUGGCCACUUCAAAGCUAUGAACUUGAGUCAGAGUGCAGAUAGCAACAAAGUUUCCGUGGUGAAGGCGUCAGGGACUUUCUAUCCUUUAUCUACACUGACAACAGAAAUUCAAAAAUUGCCAGAAUAUAAAACUACUGUUUCAGAACCGUCUAAAUUAAACGAAAGUAUCCCGCAAGCGGCAGGUAGUAACACCCUGUACGGCCCUGAACUGAGUUGUUCUAGACCUUUUUGCAAAUUGAAACGCAAAUACCACUACCACUGCAAUGCUUGCAACCAAGCCCUUAGCGAACUAGAUAAAUUAUUAUCUCACAUAGCUAAACACAGUAGUGGAGCUUUGAACAGUCAAAGUCAAGAAGAAUUUUCCCCGCAAUCGUUUUCCCCGCCGUCUCCGCAAACCCCGACGACAUCAACCCCGUCCAAACCUUCCACGGAAAGCAAAAUCACCGUCGCUCCUCUCCAAUCCCUUCAAAACCCCCAAAUCAAUCAACAAAAAGAAUCCCACGAAACUUAUUUACCACCAACGUUUGACGCCUACAAUCAUUUCAGUAAUUUCCCCGCUAAUCUUCAGUUCGCGAUCAUGUCUCAACAACAACAAAUUCAAAACCCUUUCUUACAACAAAGCAUCUACCAAAAUUCCCAGUUGAUGUUCCAACAUGCCCAACUCAUGCAAAGUCCCCUUCUGACUCCUCAAUCCCCGUACCCAAGCGAAAAUCUCACGAGUCCUCUCGCUGCCAUGGCGGCCAAUUUGAAUAAAAGAUCCAUGAGUCCUCACGACAUAUCUCCCGAAGCUAAAAAAGCGCGUAUUCAAAAUUCGAUGAGGAUUUUGAAAGACGAACCGGUACCUGAAGGAUAUUUGAGAUUUAGAUUUAACGAAGAUUGCCAGUAUCAACAUUGCGGAUACAGGGAACACCAGACGCACUUUCAUUGUCAAAGACAAGAUUGCGGGUACAGUUUUUGUGAUAAAACUCGUUUUGUUCAACAUACUGCUAGACACGAAAGACUUGAUACACUUAUGGGAGGUGAUUUCCAACAAUAUAGAGCGAAUGUACCAUGUGGUAGAGUCGACUGCGCUUAUACGGCUAAUCUAGGAGCAACUCAGAAUAAAGCUUCCCAUUUCCAUUGUUUAAAAUGCGACUUCGUCUGUACUGAUACGAAUAAAGUGGUUGCCCACAGACGUCAACACCAAAAAUUGGAUUCGAUCCAAGCGGCAGGUUUCGAAAAAUUCACUCCGAGUCAAAUCUGUAGGGUACCGAACUGUCAACACAGUGGUAAACAAACGCAUUAUCAUUGUCUGCAGUGUCAGUACGCAGUACUGGGUCUAGCACAAAUGUCUGCACACAAGUACAGACAUAUGGAGUGAAUUUGUGUAAAUAUAUUAUAUUAAUUUAUGAGGUGAGUUUAUUUAUUACUUUGAAUGCUGGUAAAUAUAAUUAUUAAAUUAUGAUGUUUUAUAUAUACAGGGUAAUGUUUGUUUAUUUAAAAAAAAUUUGUACUAAAAUAAUAUAUCCAAUUAUUAUUAUUAUUCUGAAUUUUAUUACAAAGAUAAUAACAAGCAUUUCUUGUAAUAUUGAAACAUAUAUAAAUCGAUUUUUAAUCGUAUAUCAGUGAAGUAUAUAUAUUGUAAAUAAUUUUUGUACAAACCAAACGAAAUUUUCCAUUUUGUAAAUUUCUUGUAAAUACUUGAAAAAAGGACAAUAACUAUCUCAGAAAACAAAAUAUAUAUUGAAAAACUCUACUUUCAAGAAUAGGGUCAAGAACUGAAUAAAACUAAAAGUUGUUACAAAAAAAAUUAAUUGUAAAAUACUAAUGAUGUAUUUUCCUUUUAAAAAAAAACAGUAUUGUGUAGUUUAACUAACAAAAGUAUUACUUAAAAAUUAAUUUUUUAUUUAUAAUUCAAGCAUAAAAAGGGUAGUUGUAUCAUAAAAAACUGAACGUGAAAAACUAGUUUCUAUAGAGAAGAAAAUGGACCUUUCCGUUGUGUUCUUCAGCUACUAACAUAUCUGCUACUCGAUAAAAAAAUAUCUACAUACACUUCUGAGUAACAUAGAUAAAUGGAAUAAAAAAAUAAUUAAUAAUAAAGCUCACUGCACAGCCAAUAUAGUCGAAGACAUCAUUCUCGUAGCUACGAUAUCAUAAUAUUUACUUAUGUCAGAACAUAGACAAACUAAAAUUCAAUGAAAAUCAAAUAAUCUAGUGUUGAAUUAAUAUCAAACUUUAUCUCAAUAGAGAAUGGCCAUUUUUAUUCUAUUAUUCAGCUAUUCAACAACGUAUUUGUCUCUUAUGUGUAUGUUAAAGACAUCUGUCUGAUAUAUACAAUGAGCAAUCUAAUGAAUUGUCAAAAUUCGCUGAUUUCCAUUGUUAUGGCCGCCAUGGGGUAAACAAAUGCUUUUGCCGUUAGUUUCUAUGUGGUUUAUGAAGUUAUUUAGACCUUAUUAUUCCCAGUUUUAUCACGAAAUGGCUUCUAAAACAGUUGCUACUGAAGAAACUAGAAAAUGGAACAUUAACUAUUGAUACUAAAGGUCACUACGUGACCAAUUUGGUUGAAGACAUCUUCCUGGUAAAUAUAAUAUUUGAAUAUUGCUUUAUGUCAGCACAUAGACAAAUUAGAUUUAAAGGAAAUUAAUUGGAUACAUAUUAACUUGUCAAUAGAAAAUGGCCUUUUUCAUUGUAUUAUUCAGCUAUGAACGUAUCUGUCAUUUAGUAUGCAGCUAAUGAAAUAAAUAAAUAAAUUGGAACAAUAACUAUUAAUACGAAAGCUCACUAGAGAGCCAGUGUAGGUUAAGACAUCAAUCUCAGAACUUUUAUGUCUUAUGUCAGCACAUAAACAACUAACAUCCAGUAGAAAUCAAGUAAUCUACUGAUAAAUGUAUCAGAAAUUGUUUCACUUUUUUAUAUGAUAUUAUUCGUGUUAUUUCUUUUAAUUACGUUUAUUUUUUAUUGUGGUCGUUUUUUUGUAUACACAGUAACCUCAAAUCUGUAAUGUGUGUUUGUUUAAUAGUAAAUUCGGGUAAGUCUAUAUCUCAUUAACUUUUAUUUUGAUAAAAUUAAAAUUUUCCACACUAGAUUUAUAUCUCACUUACUCAAGUAACUUUAGAUUAAAAAAAAAUAAAUAAAUCAAAAUCAAUGAGAUUUUUUUAUUAUUGAUUGUGCAAUCUUGAUCGUUGAUUCUUGUUACUGAAUUUCAAUUUUUUUUCUAUACCUUGUAAAUAAUGAUCUUCAAUUUGAUUGUUUAGUUUCCGAGCAAUGCAACUACACUUUUUAGUUCAGGAAAGUUUGGGUUAAAUUAUGUCUCACUCAAAGACGUUACAACUCAGAGAUCAAAUUUUUACGUGAUAAAUCAUUGAUUAGUUUUGUUUUGUUUUAACUUAAAUUUUUUUUAUAUCCAUAUCAAUCUAAAAACUUCUAGUUAUAAGCAAACUUCCCAUGUUGGGCUGUAAUAUGAUAAAUAAAAAUCAGUUAUUGUUGUCUAUAAGGGCAAACUGCCUUUAUGCUUUUGUGAAACAAUUUAUUUUAGUUCUAUAGUGCUUUUUGUAUCAAAAAUAAAAACAAUUAGAUAAAAAACGUGUUUAUUAAGCAAAAAAAUUGAUCAUUGUGGAGUAAAUUUUUACCUUUAGGUUAACUUGUUUCCAUUUGAACCAAUUCUUUACGCCUGUGGUAGCUAUAUUCACAAUGUUGCCAACCUAUUUAUAGAGAUCUUUUUUUCACUCAUUAAUGAUUGAAAUAUUUUUUCUCUAUGUUGUAAUGUCUGCAGUCUAUCAUUCUACUGUUACUAAAAUCAAUUCUCGUGAGAUAAAUUUCGAACUGUUUCUCAUGCUAGAUAUAAAUAAAUUUUUAUUUUUGUUAAUAUCUUAUUUAAAAAAUUAAUUUAUUCAAAUUAGUAGUAUAUUUUUUAUUUGAAGAAAAAACAUAGGGAUCAAAGUUCGUAAAAAUAAAAAGACAUAGAUUUUAGAGUAGGUGUAUUAGAAAUAGAGGCCUUUUUCUGAUAGUAGUGCCUUAGAGAAGACAUAUAAAUUUUUGUGCCUUUUUUGGUACUUUUUGGUAGAGUAAUUUUUAGAAACAGUUUUUAAAAGAAAUACGUCAUUCCAUAUAUAAAUAAAUAUAUAUACCAAUUGUGCCAUAUUACAGUAUAUAUUUACAAAAUAGAGCAGGUUUUUCCAGAGUUAGAGUAGAUAUAUAUAUAUAGAUUAUAUAACGUGUCAUAUCUGAGGAUCUUUUUUUUCUUUAAUUUAUACUUUUCAUUUUUUCACAAUUAUUUAUUUUGCAUCUUCGUGUACAUUUUCAUUGUGAAUUAUUUUGCCAUAUUUUUGAAAUAGUUUUUAGUCUUCCACAAUGUCAUGACAUUUUUCAAAAUAUUCAAAACCAAAGACAAUAACCUAGUAUGUAGGAACGAAAAUAUUUUUAAAAAAUUUAAUCAAAGUUACAAACGGCACUGAAUUUUUUUGAAAAAUGUCACGAUUUUUUUAAAUGUCUUGUUUUUUUUUGUUCAUAGCUAGUCUUUCUUUUCAUCUUCGCUUUAUUUUAUUAUUUCUUAAUUAUUUUAAAUGUAAUUUUUUUCAAUCAUAAAAUGAUUUAAAUAGAAAAUAUUGACUUGAAAGUCGAAAAUUUUUGUAUUAUUGUUUAAGCUAAAUUUGUAUGUUUUAUUAUAUUUUUAUUUACGAGUGUAUUUUAUGUUAAUUCUCUGUGAUUGUAAGAUUUAAAAAAAAAAUCAGUAUUUGAAACAAUCUUUUUUUUAUUUCACCUUCAAAUAAUUCCUUAUGCAAUCCCAUCGAUAUAAACCACAAAAUUCCGAAUUUGAUAUCAAAGAAUCUAUGUUUUAAUGUUAUCAAUUAAUUAUUAAAGUCUACAGAGGCGGAGGCCAAAUCACUAGUAAAAAAGAA